AUGGACCCGAUAAAUGAGGCGCAUCAAUCUCUCAGCGAAUCAAUGUUAAGUUAUUGGUUACCUCUUUUGGAAAUGUAUAAUAUAGUUAUCCAACGAGUUAAAUUGACUCAAAAAUAUUACAACGAUUUAUACUUCCACGAGCGGGAGAAAACUCAAAAUAAUUCACAGAAUUACACCGGCGAUCCUUGGUUUAUUGAGUAUGCAUUAAUUGGGUUUUAUCAAAACUUUGAUGUUUUUAGUAAAAAAUUGAAAAAAUGCAUCGAUAAAAUUCAACGAGAAAUUGACAAAGUUAAGAUUAUUCUUAGCAAAAAGCACUUUAAAACAUCAUUCAAUUUUGUUAAUCGGUUCAAUCAAUCUGUUAGAUAUUUAAACAGAGUAAUUGAGUUUUUGAACAAGAACGAAUUUAAAAUUGAUAAUAUUGUUUUGAGCAAGAGUAAUUUUCUUAAGCCUUUGGAAGUUAUUAAUAAUCCGAAAGAUGAAAGCAGCUCAUAA